CAGGGUUGUACUCAACAAGUACUCACAAGUAACUCUGGAUCCCUCAGAAUGUCGACAACGCCAGGAAAACCCAGAAUAUCAGGUAUUCCGACUCCUGGAAAGUCUAGCGGAAUCCCUACUCCAGGCAGAUUUCGUUCUUCAUCCUCCGCCAAUUCUCAACCCGCCUUUGACUCUGAUGUGGAAUUUAUGUCCCGUGCAUUCGCAAACGCGAUCAAGGCCAACGAUCCUGCACAACAUCGCGCCAGCACUACUUCGAAUACUUCCCCUUCGUCAUCUUCUCCAAAGUCAAGUUUGGCGACAUUGCAAUCAGGCCGUCGUUCUGUAACUGGUCGUCCUCCCUCAGUCGCUUCAACCUCUGCAUUUGCACAGAGCAGAACAAAGACUCCUGGACCACGCGCUGCAAGCAGACAAUCAGAUGUUUUUUACCCGAAACAGUACUUUGUGUGUCCUCCAAAUUGCGGUGUAUUCGUUGCUACUACGAAGCUUUCUGCCCCCACAAUGCCUUCUAGCUACCGGCCUCCCUCAGUCGCCUCCUCUCGCAGUGGUCGCAUAACGCCAUCCUUUUCUGGUAGAGUCACUCCCUCACAUUCACUAUCUUUUGGAAGUGGACGCAUCACCCCGUCCAACCUCUUUAGCCGCUCUAACGCUGGCACAACUCCUGCAGCUCGUAAAACAAAGCCAACUCCACAGUUAGGCUUGUCACAAUCGCCAAGACCUGGAUUAGACACUCAAAUUACCUCAGGUUCGAGGGCCUCCAAAUAUAUCGGUCUCACAGCCAAACAAUUGAAAGCCAAUGGCGACUGUACCUCAGAGUAUACUCUUCGUUCUCCAUCUUCGCCAUCACGCGGACCCCCAGCUGCUGGUGCUGCUCCUCGUGCUCCCAAUGUGUACAGCGGCGCACUCACCCCCGGUCUCAAAGGCCGCACUUCCCUAAACACCCCACGCCCAAGGAUACCCAGCGCAAUUGCUAUGCCACCUCCAGCCUCUCCUGCUCGAUCAGCAUCCUUUACGUCCACUUAUUCCUUGAAUGAUGGCCCCGACCUCGCACAUGAGGACCCAACAUCGCGCGUUCAGCUGCGUUCUUCGAUGGAUCUGACUGCUUCUUCACAGGCUUUGCAGGAUAAGAUUAACCAACUCCUCUUAGGGCAGUCUAUUUCGCCACCCAAGAUCAGUGGCGCCAGUCCAUCUCGGCCGUCCUCAGUUGCCUCCCUUCGAUCUGCUUUCCCCGACAAUGACUUGCAAAAGGACGCUCUGCAUUCUCGCCUAGAAUCUCUCGAGCGCGAGAAUGCUUCUCUUCGUGAUGCUGCUGAUGCGGCCCGUGCAGACGUCGCGCUAGUCCAAGCACUCGAAUCUGAGCGCGAUACAGCUCUCGCCUCUGUUUCCUCCACAGAGAACCAGCUCCGCACUCUCGAGCGUAAACUCACUGAACGAGAGUCGAAAAUUGAAUCUCUUGAACGCGCCGCGCUGAAAACAACUUCGGAACUAGAACGCAUCAAGAAUGAGAACGAGGCUCGUGUCGCAGACUUACAGGCCAAAUUUGGUACGAACGAGUCACUCGUCAAGAGUCUCAAAGAGGCAAUUGCGGUGAAAGAGGGCGUUGAGCAUGAUAGGGAUGCGCUACUUAAGGCUAAGAAUGACGAAAUCGGGCUUUUAGAAGGUCGAUUGGAGAAGGUGUCGGGUGAAUUAGAGGUGGACAGAAAAGAAUUAAACGCACAGAUUGAUGAGCUGCGUCAAGCUGGCCAGGAAACAAUUGCGUUGUACGAAGAACGUCUCAGUACGGCAGAUUCGCGCCAAUAUGAGCUCGAGGACCGGGUCGUGUUUCUCGAGGACCAAGUCAAGAAAGCCUCGACUCCUCUCUCUCCAAGCGCCGCCCUCCAACGCGCCACUUCCGCUGCUGAAAUCGACAACGAGAAUCUUCGCGAGCAAGUGCAACACUUGCAACGCAAACUUGCCACGCUGGAGGACUCUCUUGAAGAUGCUCAUGCGGUAUCUGAACGGGAGGAAGCUGCCGUGCGUGAGCGAAUCAAACGAUUCAAGGACAAGGAGGAUGUAAUGCGAAACGAACUCAGCGAGGGGCGCAAGACUGUUGAACAGGUUCUCAAAGCUGAGGCUCUCGCUAAAAGUCGCGUCGAAGAGGUCGAGGAGGCCUUGCGAGAAAGUACUCUUGCCCUCGAAAAUGCCCAGGCCGAAAUCGAAAAUCUGAGAUCCGAUGUAGCUGAGCUGGAAACAGACGGUGUUCCCGACUCGCAGAAACUCAAAGCUGAUGAGCGCACGCGCCUCACGGAGGAGAUUCAGGAGCUGCGUGACGAACUCAAUCAAUUGCGCUCAUCUGCAGCAGAAUUUGCAUCGGCCUCUUCAGCAGCUGAUGACGACACCAAUUGGCAAGCGAAGUACGAGCAAGUACAGAAGGAGGUGCUUGUUUUGCGCAAGGGUCUCGAGGAGCGUGCUACGGAGCUCGACACUAUGAAGAAGAGACUUAACCGCGACAUUCCUGUCAAUGGCAUCCAAGAGCCACCAAGGACACCAACAUCGUCUAAGCAGGAAUCUGCUGAAGUAAUGGGUCUCAAGCACAUUGUUCAAGACUUGCAACAAGAGACUUCAGCAGUAACUCAGCGAAAUAAGCUAUUAGAGUCUGAGAACAGACUCUUGAUGUCAGAGACAGAUCAACUUCGCCAGGAACUGAAAUUACUGGAGGAGAACAUCGAGCAGAGUUUGUUGCGUGAAGAGGCUGCUCUUGGAACGCACAACACACCGGCAUCUGGUGACGAGCAGACAGCUAGGCUGGAAAACGAACUGGAACAGUUGCGCAAGCGCUUAGCUGAAGCUGAGAUGAAGACCGCCCGUGUCUCACACGACGUAUGUGCCAGUCUCUCUUGUUAUGCCUUCCUAAUCAGUGUACAGCUGAAUAAAGAGAUCGGUGAGCUAGAGGCGCUUGUGGAGUCAAAGGAUGAACUCGAGCAAGAACUCGAGCGCCUCAAAGAGAAGUUGUCACGGAACAACAAGAAGUUGUCAAAGAAUAGCCUCGAACCAAUAGAUUUGCCUCCUCGCAGGCGUUCAUCCACGCCAAACAGCUUUAAUCGAAGUUCUAGCGAAGACGUCUGUGAGAUCUGUGAGAGACCGGGGCACGACAUCUUCACUUGCGACCUUUUACGGGACGACACGACCCCUUCUCGUGACCAAAACGCUGUCAAGAAGACGAAUGGAGAUCCGUCAGACUUAUUUUGCGUUGACUGUGAGGGGCACGGGCAUGUAGCUGCUGAUUGUCCACACUCAUUGGAUGUCUUCUAAUUUUCGUCGAACCUUUUUAUGCACCACUGUCGCUUUCUGUACCCCCUACCUACAUAACAUAUUUUCUGUUACAAAGCCACAGCACAUAGCACAUAAUCAUAUACCCUUCCCAAAAUGACGAGAAAGGCAAGUGUCUCCUAUGACGCAGUGAAGUGAC